AUGGCAGUGUCUGCUGAUGAGGACCUGGUUGCGCAGAUUUCGAAGCUCAAGCAGGAGCUGAAGACGAAGAAGUCCUUCGCCAACGCUUGUGCGCAGCUGACACAGAUCUCGGAACAGUGGAGCCAGGACGCACCAGACCCUAGCCUGCAAGCUCUGCAGGAGGCUGCAAAAGCUGCCUUCACAGUGCUGCAGACUCGCUUUUCCAACCCAAAGUUCUGGCAAGCCGGCCUCGACCUCUUCCUCGCUCUCGAGUUCCACGUGCCUGCCAUCACAGAUGCCAGCAAGUGGCGUGAUGCUGCGCUGGAGGAGGUCGACGACGCAGCGCGAGAGCGAGCAAAAGAACAGGCUCGUCUCCGCCGUCUUCAGGAAGACAAGAUGCACAACAAGGGCCGAUUCAGUGAUGCAGCCACACCGCUGACCCUCGGGGAGCUUCUGGCCUCUCAAGGGAUGGUUCUGGUCGAAGAGGAUGAUCGCCGGCCGGGAAUGUCGCGGGAUGCGCGUGCAGAGCUUCGCGUAAAGACCGUGCUAGAGGAGGACGUCUGCGUCGUGUGCCAGGAAGUGAUGCCUGCAGGCUCCAAGGCCAAGGCCAUGCCAUGCGGGCACCUUUUCCAUGAUGAGUGCUUGCUCUCAUGGGUGAAGAAGAGCAAUUCAUGCCCCACUUGCCGCUUCGACGACAUGCCAAGCGAGAAGCGUCACUACGACGAUGUCCAGCGGCAAGUGACGCAAAGACAGCCGGGGCUGUACUCCUGA